AUGUCUGAAGACAAAAAUGUAAGUUUUUAUGUUUUUGAUGUACACGUAUGUUUAGAAUCAAGUCUCUGCCAUUAUUAACAAGUGGGAUGGCAACACUGUGAAGUAUACUGUUGACGAUUCGAUUAGGAAGGUGAUCAAGGAACAAUAUGUGUGGAAGGAGAAGCACACUUUGAUGGAUAUUAGGCUUCUGAUCUCUUUCAUCGCUGUUGCCUUUGCUGGCAUCGGCCUCUUGUACGACUACAUGCAUCCAUAUCCGGCUUCAGCUCACGUAAGUGUUAUUUUUAAAUGUAUUUAUGAGUUUAGGUUUAAUCUGGCUGAUAAACUGUGGUAUUUCUAUUAAAACUACCAAUCUAGACAUUAGUUCACAUUUUUAAACAAGAAACAGUUAGUGUUUAAAGUAGAGUAAAUUAACAGGAGUUUUAAAUCUAUGGGCUUACGUGUUAGAAGAAAAGAAUAUGUAUGACGACCGUAAUUUCAAACAUUUUUAGGUAUGUGCCUUUUGUUCCAUUGCUUACUUUGUCAUGAUUUCUAUCCUGCAAAUAUACAUUAUGUACAUUGAGAAGAACAUUUUCUACCAAGGAAUUGAGAAGCAGAAGGCCGGCAACAGAACAUGGUGUUUUGCCAGUGAAAUGCACAGAUACGACGACAAGUACACUCUCUCCGUAUCUUUUCAUCAAGGUAAUCUAUCUGGAUCAGCUGAAGUGACAAAGUCUAUUUCCCAGUACUUGACUGAAGAUGGCGAGAUUCUGGUGUCAGCGUUGAAGAAGGAGGUGAAGCAGUUGUGCGACAAGCUGUCCAGAAGAGAAUGA